GGCAGAAAGGGGAAUUGCUACUACAGGGGGUUUCAUUUAGAGCUUUCGCCAGGUUAUCCGCCCGUUUCAGACAAGUAUUCCUAUCUCUGGGUUCGAUUGCAGGAACGUUUGAGUAGAGCAAAGAGAAAGAACUAGAAAGUUAGACAGGGGUACGCUGGUACAUUUUACUAAUCCCUGCAUACAAUCGUUUUAUUUUUAGAGAGCAGGACACUGGAAAUAAUAGAGAGGCUAGAUUUUAGAGCAAGGUGCAUUAUACAUAGAAUUGUGAGAAACCAGUUGCGCCCACAACAUGGACACUUUCUCCAAUACGAAACCUAUAACGGAAUCCAUGGUAAUUCCUUCGCAGGUGCUAGAAGAUUUCCGCAACAAUGGCCCUCACCAUAUGGAACGACAACAUCUGGACGACAGUGUGUCAAUGAAAGCGGCAAUAAACGACGUCAGCCAGGUCAGUAUGAGCCCGAAUGCCGACAGUGCGCCGCCACACCUAGCCAGUGCUGAACAACACGAUCAGAACACAUUGAAGCUUCAAGCAUACGCGCAGUUGCAAUCGCAAAAACAGCCGCAGAUGUCCACGUUGCAGUCUUCAACGACCUUACCACAACAGUUUUACAAUGGCAGCUACCCACGUCAUCAAAAGAAAGGGUCUCCUGCUAGCCAGGGGAAGCAAAUGAACUUACAGGCUGAACUGCAGGACAGUUAUGGGAUUCUCCAACAACAGCAUCCAAAUAUCAGUACUAAUUCAAACCCCAAUUUAAGCGUCCCUAGUAAUGGAAAUUUCCCUCAUGUUCUGGGAUCUCAGCUAUCACAUAAUACUCUCGCACCACAACCAAAUACACAUGCACGCCCUCCUACCGAAGAUGGAGCUCCCAAUUCUGCGCUGACCCCUCAAGUUGCUGCUGCAAUAAUGGGUGAUAGAGGGAACGUUUCACAGCGGCAAAUGGCGCAACUACAGCAGCUUCAGGCAACAUAUGGUAGCUUGCAGACUCACUUGAGUAUCAACAAGCAGAGCGAACCUGAUGAAUUGCAAAGCAGAAGAUCGACUUCUGUGUCUUUCUCUCCGGGAAAAACACUUGGAGCAGUUGCUAAACUACAAAAGGAGAACACGCUAUCGUCCAGCGAUCGAGGAGUAGAUAACUUCAGCUCCGUUCCAGCUUCUCUGGCUCCAUCAAUUACAGACAUCAAUGGGAAACAAACAGACAUCGUUGGUUAUAAGCCUCAAAUGCAAAGCCAUAUGGCAACAACUUUGCAGGGAAACCAAAGGAAAUUUUUUGUGAAACCACAAGGAUUUUCUUCACAAUCCUCACGUGUGACAACCCCAUUUCAAGACUCCUUUGGACAAAACUCAGCGCAGCAAAGCUAUUUCAAUCCUCAAAUUGUUGGCACGGGCCAGCCAGUAUCCUCAAAUGCAGUCGCCCCACAACAACAGCAUCAAUAUCAAAAUCGUCCACAACAGCAUCAACAGCAUCAACAGCAUCAACAGCAUCAACAGCAUCAACCUCAACUGCAACCCCAAUUGCCGCAACAGCACCAUAGUCAGUUCAAUCCCAAUGGGCAAUAUAUGUCAUCUCAGCUCGAAAACGGAAACUAUAAAGUUGCAUCCAACGCCCAGCACCAACCACAACCACAACCACAAUCUCAACAGCACCAACCACAAAGGCAACCACAAUUUUCUGGGCAACCUUUUGUUCCCUCUUAUUCCAAUCACAAUGUUAGGCCACAAGAACAACAAGGCUCACUUAGCGAAGAAGUGAGAAGAAAUUUGUCCAACAUAUCCAUUGUCAGGCUAUUACGCUUCCAUGACCUACUGACAUGCCGUCACGAAAAACCCAACCUUCCCUAUCUCCGACACGUUGUGGGGGAAUUUUUUGCAGAGGAUGCGACAUACGAUAUCUGCCUAAAAUAUGGAAAUGAGAACAGAAAUUUCAGGAUAUCAUAUUCUUUGAUUCCUUUGUUAUACUAUAAAUAUCUCGAAAAUGUCCAGAUGUUUGAACUAGCCCAAAAAUUCUUGAGCUCGACCUUACUUCCAAAUGGAAAUACACUUAUAGAAACAGACCAUUUUUCUUUCAAAUGCGUUUUUGAAGAUGGUUCAUAUUGCAAUCAUUUUGGUUCGUUGAAAAUUAGAGUAAAUAGACACUUGAUGUUUGAAAAAGUUGAACUGGUUACCGACUAUAAUGUUUAUGGUUUGGAAUUUGCAGCACUGGAAACAUUCUUGGAUAGUAUCUCAGCUCAAGAUAAGAUAAGUACGCCCUUGAGCAGCCAAGUUAGAUCACACUUCAAAUGCAUCUCUGAUUUAACCAAAUUCGGUAUGGAAGAAGAUUUGCUGAGAUUGAUGCAAAUAAGUGAUGUUAUGACUCUCACGAAACCAUUAAUAAACUUUUACUUUGACUCCAAAUUAAGCUCACCUUUAGAAGCACUUGAGACUUUCAAUAAAAUUAACUAUCCAAUGUUUCAAAAACUGAGUGCAGUAAAUACCAAAGGCCAACCAGAUAGUAGAGAUACCUCCUCAGAGAACUCUGCUGCUAAUACGGUUAUUGGUCCGAAUGUGGCGAUGCUUGACUCGCAAAAUGGCUUUGUGAGUCAAAGAAAUUCACGUCCGAAUCCGUUUCCAACAACUCUGAACUAUAACGGAUCUUCUAUGCCUGCUCCAGCUAACGUAGUGCAGUUGUCUCAACAAAAUGGACAAAUCUCUGCGCAAAUCAGGACACAUCAAGAGAGUAUUUCAAGCUCUCACACCCCUAAAACUGUUACCGUAGGGCCUAUAAUACCUAGCCAAUUAAGUGAGAACCUGAGCCGCAGCAUGCUCCCAAGUCCUGAUACUAGUUAUUCAGGUAAAAGCCCCUUCAACUUGACCAAUAUGGGCAAUAAUAAUGGAAACGGGAAUCAUCACUCUGUUCCACUCAAGCAGUCGACAAGUGAAGGAAAUACAAUAAGCCAGGUUGUGAGCAGAAAAGCUGGAAAAAAGUUCAAACUGCAAGCACCUCCUGCUCCAAAAACAUUGAAGAAAAGAAAGGCAAGCUCGGUGAGCAAUGAUGAAAGGAACUUAAAGGAGACAUUCAUCAAGAAAGAAGGUGAACCAAAAAUUGACCACAAAGGUGGUGAGUCAAGUCUUAGCAUACGUGGCAUAAGGGAGGAUAGUGAGAUUAUUGACAUGAAUAAACUAAACAUGCGUACAAAUGGAGAAAGCAUGAACACAUUCGAUUCCAGCAAUUCGAAUAGUUUGGAAUCUGAGCUGGGAAAUGAUAUUAAAUAGAAAAAUGUGUUUGAGGUGGAACCCAAAAGUGAGGAUAGAGGAUUAGUUCACUUAAAAGACAUUUAGUAAUUCAGCUUUUUUUAAACUGUAUAAGAACUG